GGGCAGAGAUCAUGAGGACUACUGUAAACACACAGCCAAUGCAAUCCAGACAGAGCGAGCAUCGCAUCAGCUCCCGGAGCAGCCUGUCUGCAGCCACAGCCCUGCCAGAUGGUAAUGCAACAAGCAAAGAAAAAGUGACCCUGUGCUACGCUGUGGCUAGCUUCUGACCUUGGACUAUUGGCUUGAAACAAUUAUUCUUUUGUACAGAUAAUUGUCUACAUAAACAUACUUACUUUUAUAUUUUGAUCAAAUUAUAGCCAGGACUGAGGCACAAAUGGAUGUUAUUGAGACCACAAAUAUUGAAGAACAUACAGUAUCUCAGGAAAACCAAACACCAAAUGGUUUCCCAAGGUCAGUCUCAUCCAAUAGUGAAGAUGACAAAAACGUUAAAAGCAAGUCCAAAAGUAUGGCCAAUGGCUUACGGAAAGGCACAAAGAAAUAUCCGGACUAUAUUCAGAUUUCUAUGCCAGCUGACACAAAAAACAAAUAUCCCUUGGAAUGGUGGAAAACCGGGAUUGCCUUUGUUUAUGCACUCUUUAACCUGGUCCUUACCACUGUCAUGAUCACAGUGGUACAUGAGCGAGUACCUUCAAAGGAGGUGAACCCUCCCCUUCCAGACAAGUUUUUUGACUAUAUUGAUAGAGUGACGUGGGCAUUUUCUGUAUCAGAAAUAAAUGGAAUGAUUCUGGUUGGAAUUUGGUUUACCCAGUGGCUCUUCCUCCGAUACAAGUCAAUAGUGGGUCGCAGAUUUUUUUUUAUUGUUGGAACUUUGUAUUUGUACAGAUGUAUUACAAUGUAUGUCACAACUUUACCCGUGCCUGGACUGCAUUUCGAAUGUGCACCAAAGCUAAAUGGCGAUUCAUAUGCUAAAGCACAGAGGGUACUCAGGUUAAUAACAGGCGGUGGCCUUACCAUCACAGGAUCUCACAUCUUGUGCGGAGACUUCUUGUACAGUGGCCAUACAGUCAUGCUCACGCUCACUUACUUGUUUAUCAAAGAAUACUCUCCUCGUCACUUUUGGUGGUACCACCUAAUCUGCUGGUUUCUAAGUGCUACCGGAGUGAUCUGUAUUUUAGUUGCUCGUGAGCACUACACAGUAGAUGUUGUAGUUGCAUAUUUUGUCACCACAAGACUGUUUUGGUGGUAUCAUGCAAUGGCUAAUGAAAAGGCAUUAAAGUCUUCAUCACCUACAAACUUCCUUUCUCGAGUUUGGUGGUUUCCAGUGUUUUCCUUCUUCGAGAAGAGCGUCCAAGCCAAUAUCCCAUGUUGCUUUUCCUGGCCGAUCACCUGGCCUCCUAGCUGCUUUAAAUCUUCGUGUAAAACAUAUUCAAGGGUUCAGAAGACAGGAGAGGACAAUGAAAAAUCUACCUGAACCGUUUUAAAAGGAAAUAAAAGGACAUUGAGAUUUCAAGACUCUUAUUCUUAAUAACCAAAGGAAGCACUAUCUUGAUUAAGAUAUUGCAACUGUAUAUAACAAAGUGGACCAAAGUUUUGUAUUUGAUUAUAAAAUCCAUUAUAAAAGGGGUAAAAGAAAUGCUAUUGUCAUGGUCUGUGUCAUAUUCUGCACCAAUAUGUUGUACACAUGUGUUCUGACAGGAGUAACUUGAUAAGCAGCAAGCGGUAGGUAUUAAUGGGUGUUGGGUUGAACGCAGACCUUGAGCGCCAAGUAAUUUUUAAAGUUAAUGCACUUUUUUACUAGUAAAUUAUAACAUGUAUAUAAAACCGGAUCUGUGUGUUCUCAACUAGUGUACUGUUAUAACCAGUUGUUAGCAACACUGAUUUUACAUGUAAGGUUUGCAAAUGAGGAAACCUUUUUGAUAACUUUAAAUGUCAACUAUGGGUUUGUUCACAGAAAACAUAGCAUAAAAACAUUUGUACAAAAUGAAAACAUGUUUGUCAAAAUUCUUACACAUUCACCUCUUAUAUCUUUAUGGGAUAUAAGUAUAGAAGGCCAAUUUAGUUCAGGAGACAAAAAAACAAACAAACCAACAAAAAACACUAUAAAUGCGUUUGCACUGAAUGUGUUGUGCAAGAGCUAUUAUGGCUCUUGUAAUAGUUUUGUAGCUAAU